AUGAACAAAAGCACAGAUGAUCAGACUGCUACUCAACAACGCCCUAUUUCCUUAUCUUUGUAUUCUUUGUACGUAUGUAUCACCAUCUAACGAGAAAGUGAUUAAUUGUAAUCUCGUCACGUGUCAUCACGUGAAGCUGAAAAUUUUUGCAGUCGAUGGAAAUUGUCAGCGUGUGACAGACGUGUGUGUGAUACUCUAAGAUCAAGCAAAAUGCAGACGAUUUCUCAACAUCAGGCUAACAGAGAGCAUGUUUUGGCUGUCUCCCGAGACUUUAUAUCUCAACCAAGAAUAACUUACAAGACAGUAUCAGGAGUAAAUGGACCAUUGGUAAUAUUGGAAGAUGUGAAAUUCCCAAAGUUCAAUGAGAUUGUGCAACUGAGACUUGCUGAUGGCAGCAUUCGUUCAGGUCAAGUCCUGGAAGUCAGUGGCUCCAAGGCGGUUGUUCAGGUUUUCGAGGGCACAUCUGGUAUUGAUGCCAAAAAUACUAUCUGUGAGUUCACUGGUGACAUUCUCCGAACACCUGUGUCAGAAGAUAUGCUGGGAAGAGUCUUUAACGGUUCUGGAAAACCCAUCGACAAAGGUCCCCCAAUCUUGGCAGAAGACUUCUUGGACAUCCAAGGUCAACCUAUCAACCCAUGGUCUCGUAUCUACCCAGAGGAGAUGAUCCAGACAGGUAUCACAGCCAUAGAUGUGAUGAACUCCAUUGCUAGAGGACAGAAGAUCCCCAUUUUCUCAGCUGCUGGUCUGCCGCAUAAUGAAAUUGCUGCACAGAUCUGUAGGCAAGCUGGUCUGGUUAAGGUUCCUGGCAAAUCAGUUUUGGAUGACCAUGAGGACAACUUUGCCAUAGUCUUCGCCGCUAUGGGUGUGAACAUGGAGACAGCUCGUUUCUUCAAACAGGAUUUCGAAGAAAACGGCAGCAUGGAGAACGUGUGUCUGUUCUUGAACUUGGCUAAUGACCCAACCAUUGAGAGAAUCAUCACACCGCGUUUGGCGCUGACCGCCGCUGAAUUUUUGGCUUACCAAUGUGAAAAGCACGUGCUUGUCAUUCUGACAGAUAUGUCUUCGUAUGCUGAGGCUUUGAGAGAGGUAUCAGCAGCCCGUGAAGAAGUGCCCGGUCGUCGUGGUUUCCCAGGUUACAUGUACACCGAUUUGGCCACAAUCUACGAACGAGCCGGUAGAGUAGAAGGCCGCAACGGAUCGAUCACCCAGAUCCCCAUUCUGACUAUGCCCAACGACGAUAUCACCCAUCCAAUUCCCGAUUUGACUGGGUAUAUCACCGAAGGGCAGAUCUACGUUGACAGACAGUUGCACAACAGACAGAUCUACCCGCCAAUCAACGUGUUGCCGUCUCUGUCGCGUCUGAUGAAGUCCGCUAUUGGAGAAGGCAUGACGAGGAAGGACCAUUCGGACGUCUCUAACCAGCUGGUGAGUUUCAUAUAUUUGAGAUUGGCGAGAUUCUUAUUAUACAGGGCGAACCAGAAGUCGACGUCAAGGGAUGGACCAAGUCUUAAUUGUGAUCAGAAUAAUAUAAAAAAAUGUAAGUCGUGUACUUUUCAAAUUAUAGCAAAAUAAAAAUAACACUAUAUUAUAUUAUUCUCAGUAUACAGAACAGUAUAUAAAUGUUACCAAUGAGAAAUCCAAAACAUUUCUCUAUUUUUACUACUAAGUUGAUGAAUUAAUAGCUUUUGACGAAUUCCUAAACAAUGGAUAAUUAUAAGGUUAAAGUAUAUCCUUAAUGUUACAUACGAACUCCUAAACUGACACAAAUAAAAUUACUGGUAGUUUUAUGCUUAAUUUUUGAACGAAGUGGUUGUGUUUUUAAUUUGUACGAGAUUAAGACAGGCCUAGCAUACCAUAAAAUUAUUACUCCAAGAGAGGUGUUUUGUUAUAAAAAUGACAUUCGAUAUUUAUAAGAACUGCUAUUAAAUCAUUAUUCUGAAUAAAAAAAACGUGGUAAUAAUUUAUUUUAUCAAGAAAGUUAAUUUUUAGUCGAUCAUAAAACAAAACUGUAACAACGACAAAGAUGUUUAUCAUAUUUUUCUGAUAACUAUUAUGUUUAUGUCGACUUCUUGGACGAGAAAAUUUUCAAGGCAAUGAGACAAGAAUAUAAAAAACGUAUGUCGUCUUGUUUGUGAUGUACGUGUGAGGGAAAUGGAUGUAUGAAGGUAAUUUUUGUAGUUUUACUAUAAGCAACCAAAAACAGUGAAAAGACCUUUACCGUUGGAGCGAAGAUGAUUGUUUUUAAUGAUUGGUUAAACAUCCGUAAGACCAUGUAUAUCCAUUACUGGGUUGGCCCUCUUGACACGACUUUUGUCCGCAGUACGCGUGCUACGCCAUCGGUAAAGACGUUCAGGCAAUGAAGGCCGUCGUAGGUGAAGAGGCCCUAACGCCCGACGAUUUGCUUUACCUGGAGUUCCUGACCAAAUUCGAGAAGAACUUCAUCACUCAAGGCAACUACGAAAACCGCACCGUGUUCGAGUCUUUGGAUAUCGGCUGGCAACUGCUUCGUAUCUUCCCUAAGGAGAUGUUGAAACGUAUUCCCGCCAGCGUGCUGGCAGAAUUCUAUCCCAGGGACUCGCGUCACUAGAAUUCUACGUUAGUGAUGUAGGUACUCCUUCUGAUCGUGUCGCCCCUCAUGGUUUUCCUGUGGAACUGAAGUUGCUUCUGAAAUACGCAAUUUGUAACCAUAAAAAAAUUUCACCAUUUCAAAAUGGAAGUUUCAAACUUUCUUCACAUUUUUAAGCGAGUAAUAGUUUUUGAAGCAGCGUCAGUUCCACAUGAAAACCAAACAUAAGAGAGGCCAGUUUUGGCAUAGGUGCGUCAGUGUUUUAGUAAUAUCAUUUCAGGAUUUUUUUCAGAAUACUGCAUGCUGAGAAGUUGUCUGCUGGCAUUAUCAUAAACAGUAUCUACUUAAAAUAUAUAUAAUGAUAUUGACAGAUACUGUCUCGCACUUGUCAAUCUGGGAAGAGUUUUAUGUCAAGUCCACUAUUGUAAUUCAUAGUUAUACAUAAUUUUUUUGAUUACCUAGUAUUUUCCUUCAUGGUGCAAUUUUUUGUACAUACACUCAUGUUUCAAGCAUUGUAAAUGCUAUCUUAUCAAAUCUCCCGAACUCUAGUUUGAUUACUUUGUGACCAAAGUUCAUACAUUAACAAAUUUUACGCAUUUCCAUUGAUAAACUUUUUUCUGAAUUAAUUCAAUCUAAAUUGUUGAAUUUGUAAUACUUCUAUCAAAAUUAAACAUUAUUUUUUGAAUCAUUCUUGAACGAUGACGGUGGCAUUAGAAACAACGUGUCAUUUGAGGUGAAGUUCACAUUCGGCAAGUAAAAUUUUCUUUUUCCAUUUCCAGUAUAAAAAUCUUGGCCUUGGAAGAUCUUGAUUGAGGUUAUCUGUGGGUGAUCUCCAUAAACCUCAUAACUGGGCUGUCAUUAAUUUUUGCUAGAGCAAAUUUUGUUGAUAUCUUAAUUUCACGUUGAAUGACCUUGAAGGCAAUGGUGAUGUUCGGACGUAAAACUUAUCCCUCUUUCAGUUCCGAUGUGGAAAAGGGGGCUUCAUUAGAACAUUUUCGCUUGACCUUGAAAGCGCCCUAAAGGUCAUAGUCAAGGUCGCCAUCAUUUUGCCUCCUUGUAACCCUACAACUUUUGGUUUUUUUGUCUAAAAUGUUCAGUUUACAAAAUAUUCAGGUAUAUAUACACAUAUUACUCAAAGGUGGUAUUAAAACUUUAUUGUAAAAUGUUUAAUAGAGAAUCUUUGGUCACACAAAAAAAAAUGGAUUUGUUUUAUAGUUGUUUAAUAAGACAAUACUUUUUGUAAUUAUGUAAGCUGAUGUGUAUGUAGAAGCCAACACGAUCCUAGUGAUUUAUUUUCUUAGUUCCAAAAAUAUAAAGUGGAAAAAGCCAACAUUCCAUAUUAAAAUAAUGUGAAGUCCAUCUCAUAAGCGUGUGUGACAUUCUUUGAAAAGGGUAAACGGCACAUUAUAACUAAACCUAAAUAUUUAGACCCCUUAUAUCCUGAAAUUAUCUAUAAUUCUAUGCCCCGUUUAUGCCCUUUUUGCGCACGCCUAUGCUCCAAUUGUGUAAAGCAAUACACCUUAAACAGUUAUACACUGCUUUCAGUAUUUUUUAAUGUAGGUGGUGAAAGUUUUUUCUUUUAUCUUACACAUUUUGAUGUUAUAAAAAGAUAUGUUGUAAAAAAUGUUAAUGUUAUGUUUUAGAUUAGUGUAUAAAAAUUGUGAAUAAACAAUGUAAACAUGUUGACA